AUGGCGCGAACAGCUCAGACUGCACGAGAUCCAGUUCCUUCCAUCUACGAAGGGUUGUUGCAACGGGAAUAUGUCGAUCAUCAAGGGAACACUGUCAUUCUGGGGAAGUGGGCUACCGAAUCCAACUUCUCUAACCUGGAUGAAGUUGAGGACUACCGAGUUCAAGUGUAUAGUACAAUUCCUAUUCUGACUCAACCGGAGGCUCUCAAUAAUCUGUACUCAUAUCUCUGCUUUAAUGUCCCCAUGCCCCCCUUCUUGGAGAUCUACUCGUACAAUCCACCGGAUGCACUCGCAUGUGUGGAGCAUCAGCGCCGUGAAAUCACUCAUCAAAAACGUCUUCACGCCGAACAACAUGAGUGUGAUGAGGGGAAAUAUCUUCCCCCGUUGAUUCCAACAAUGCAAACCCCUUUCUCAGAUGAUAUGUCUGGCUUCUGUUUCCUCCUCACGUCGAACAGCUACCUACAGGCGACGUUUGCGAAGGACCAGGAUGGAACAGGUCCCUGGUGGAUUUAUUUCGAUCGGAAUCUCCCAUCUGCAGUCAAGAAGCUGGAUAUUCUUAAAAGCCUUCAAGAACCACCAACUGAUUUUGAAACUUUUGUGGAUGGCUAUGCUUUUGUCAACCCAGAUGUCCGCGAUAUAAAUGUCAGUAUUACGAAUAAUCAGACCGGCAUGAUACAUGAUAUCUAUAAUCUUAUGCAUCGACGAUGGUCAAAAUAUGAGUAUGGGCAAAUCGAUUACGGACUCCACGAACCGCCCCCGCCCGCAUCACUCGAUGAGACAUCCUCUUUACAGCAUAUUCAAGAGAUUUUAGAGCAGCAGCAGCUAGCUUCGGAAGUUCAAUCUGUGGACCCAAAUAUAUUUCAUCUUGCUUGGAGAUCCGAAAGUCGAAUUUUGACUGUUACGAACAACAUUUCGGAUGGGCAAUAUGACUCGGAUCUCCAAUAUGUGAUCUACCUCUCCUUUCUCGCGGAUAUCGCUGAGAACAAUCAUACCAUGCCUACACUGCUAGAGACAACAGCACGCACAUUUACAGCUGGCAUUGUCUCCCACCUCCCCGACUCAAAAACGGUAUACUUUGAGUUCCGUAUUCCCGAAUCCUCAUCUUUGUCCUCUCUUCUAUCUGCUCCAUCUAAUGACUUUCACGUCGGUGCUAUACAUAGACCUGAGCAAAAUGAGCAAAUUCGCAUAUUACCGCAAAGCUUUGGCGAACGUACUUCGCCCCUAGCGCCUCAUCACUUCUUUACAGUGGUCAUUGAUAAGCCUGGCUUUAUCCAAGAACCUAGUGUGAUUUUCUACACUCUCUGGGCCGAUCCUUUUGAAUACAUUGUGCCGCAGGCGAGCGACCCCACUGUUAUCGAGACUCGCAGGAGCGCUAGCAUUCAAGAUACUGCAAGAAUGCUUGGAAUGGUUGGAUUUGAAGAAGGCAUUCUUAAUGGCGCGAGGAAGCUCACAAGAGAAGAACAUAUGGAAUUGUUAUCCCUGUCGCCGGAAGAGUACGAUGCGAAGUUGCAGCCCUUCAUAGACGCGGCGUCUGAGAGGAAAGCCGAGUAUGAAAGGGUUGACGCUGAAUUUGAAGCUAUGUUGGCUUCGGAAGAAUGA